AGUAGUAACCUAUGUUACAAUUUCAAUAACAGGAAGUAUUUCAGCAAUUUACUGCUGCGGUCACACUGUUCUUACAGGGUGAUACAGUUUACAGAAAAUCAAAACACGGAUAAUGCCGGCUAAAAGCAGAGCUUGGCGUAAGCUAGUGAAAAAACAACAGCGACAACGCCGACGGCAAAGACAGGCACGAGUACGCGAAAAAAACGAAGUAUUAGAAGAGGAAGCCAGGCGGUCAAAGCCCGAAUAUGAGGCGUGGUCAAAGCAACAAGCAGCGCUCGAAGAAUUUCAGCGCCUGGCCAGCGAACGUUUAAGAGAAGAAGAAGAAGAAGCUUGGUUGCGUCGGGAGGCAUUGGCUCAACACCAAUUCCAGAUUGAUAAAGCAAAGCGUGAUCAGGAAGAGGCGAAACUAGAGAGCUUACGAUUGCAGCAAGCAAAGGAAUUGGAGCAAGAACUGGAGAAGCAACGGAAGAAGCGAGAGGAGAGUAAAAGACUGGCUGAACAAGCUGCAGCGGAGUUUGAGGCAAUGCUGCAACGCAUGCAGGAAUAUAUGGAGGACACUGAAGACCGCACGCCGCCAGCUGAGCUGCGCCGUGUAGUGGAAACAAAUCCUGCAGAGAGAUUAUGCGAGUUCUAUACGCGCACCAAUUGCUGUCGAUAUGGAAACAGUUGCACAUUUAAUCAUCAACGUCCCAUGCUCGCAAAGAUCCUAUUAAUACGUCACUUCUUCACUCAUCCGCUGCUGCAGGUGGGUGAGACGCACAAAGAGUAUGCGAAUGCAGAUGAGUACUUGGAGCAGACACAACAGGACUUACGUGCUGACUAUGAUGACUUCUUCAACGAUGUGAUUGGCGAGCUGGAAAAGUUUGGCAAAAUUUUGAAUUUUCGUGCAGUGCGAAACACUUUGCCACAUCUAAGAGGACACGUUUUUGUGGAGUACGCACAAGAGCGCUUUGCACUGCGCGCCUUCAUUAAUCUGCAAGGACGCUACUAUGCAUCGAGGCGCAUUCAAGUGGAAUUCUCCAAUCUUAAAGCGUGGCGUGGUGCCGUUUGCGGUACGUGAAGCGCAUGUCAAGAGCCGCUACAGCUGUGGCUAUCUACAUCUAUUUCGCAAUCCAAACAAUUUGUUUAAUAGUAGCUUGGAGCUCUACGACACCCCA